AUGGGAUGUAACUGCAGUUCGGAAUACUCAGAUGGUGAAUGGAUCGAGAACUGUGAUGAAAUUUGUGAGCACUGCAACUGUCCCAUACCGCCACAAUCCUGCAACCCAUAUACACAUCAGCUAAUUCCAUCUCCAUCUCAGAGUUCAUCACCUUCAUCUCCUCUACCUGAAAACUUGGCAGUGGCUUGCUACAGCUAUGAACCCACCCAUGAUGGUGACCUGGGCUUUGAAAAGGGAGAAAAACUCAAGAUAAUUAACAGGGAUGAUCCAGAGUGGUAUUUGGCAGAGUCUCUCACCACAGGACAGAGAGGCCACAUUCCAUACAACUUUAUUGCAAUGAAUUCACUGGAGACAGAACCGUGGUUCUUUAAGAAUAUUUCUCGAAAUGAUUCCAUGAGGCUCCUGCUCGCUCCCGGGAACACAAUGGGCUCCUUCUUGAUUCGUGAGAGUGAGACAACACCAGGGUCAUACUCUUUAUCAAUCAGAGACUUUGACCAAAACAUGGGUGAAGGAGUAAAGCACUACAGGAUCCGAAACUUGGACUGUGGUGGUUUCUAUAUCACGACCAAGAUAUCUUUCAAUUCACUAAAGGAGCUCGUGCAACAUCAUACACGUGAUGCAGAUGGUUUGUGUACUAAGUUGGUGAAGCCAUGCCAGUCAAGAGCUCCUCAAAAACCAUGGUGGGGAGACAACUGGGAGAUUUCUCGGGAGUCCCUGAAAAUGGUGACUAAGCUUGGUGCUGGCCAGUUUGGGGAUGUCUGGAUGGGAUUCCACAAUAAUGACCAGAAAGUCGCCAUUAAGAGUUUGAAGAUCGGCACAAUGUCAACGGCGGCCUUCUUAGCAGAAGCUGAUGUUAUGAAGAACCUGCAACAUCCUCGCCUUGUUCGUCUCUUCGCAGUCGUUAGCCAGGAGCCGAUCUUGAUUGUCACGGAGUACAUGGAAAAUGGUAGCUUGCUGGAUUACCUAAAAACAAGACAAGGGAGUAAUUUGUCGAUGAAAACUUUGAUAGACAUGGCAUCCCAGGUAGCAGACGGCAUGGCUUACAUCGAACAGAAGAAUUACAUUCACAGGGACCUACGAGCCGCCAACAUUCUGGUGUCCCAUGAGCUCAUCUGUAAAGUAGCAGACUUUGGACUUGCCAGACUCAUUGAGGACAGUGAUUAUACGGCUAGGGAGGGAGCCAAGUUUCCCAUCAAGUGGACUUCCCCUGAAGCUAUAAACUAUGGAAAAUUUUCCAUCAAGUCUGAUGUGUGGUCCUUCGGAAUCCUCCUAACAGAAGUAGUCACCUAUGGUCGCAUACCAUACCCUGGUAUGUCCAACCCGGAGGUGAUCCAGUGCCUGGAGCAGGGCUACAGAAUGCCAAAGCCAGAAAAGUGUUCAGAUGGACUUUAUAAUGUUAUGUGUCUCUGCUGGAAGGAUAACCCAGAAACUAGACCCACCUUUGAAUACCUGAGAAGUGUUUUGGAAGACUUCUUUAUUGCCACAGAGCGUCAGUACCAAGCAUAG